GGACAGCCCCCCUGUCAGUCUUCCCGAGUCGGGAGUGUAAGCUGAGAAGGGGGAAGGUGGGCCUCGCUGGAGGAGGGCGAGGAGGAACUUCCUGCCCGCGCGCGCUCCUCGGCACUGAGCGCGCGGGCUGGGAGGCGGGACGCGCCUGAAGGUCAGCCUGGCCGGGGGUGGCAGCCUGCCUAGGGGCGGGAGACCCUCCUGGGGGCUGGGCUGCGGCCUCCAAGUGCUUCGGCCAUAUUGAAUAGCCAGCCGUCUUUGUGUGCAAAGUCCUCUCCCAAGUUCCAGGCGCGUCCCUGGUGCCCGGGGCAGGAAGAGCCACGGGCAGCCCGUGCGCCCCACCACGUUGGCAGCUCGCGGUGGGCUUGGAGCUCAGGACUGACCUCACCCCGGCUCACGUAAGCGUCCUGGGAAUCGAUUCCCACCAGCCCUUGGGGGGAGCCAGACUUGGUCAAGACCGGACUGGUUGCAGGCAGAGAAAUUGGGAAGUGUUGGUUCAUCCCUGGCUGGGGAGGCGAGACUUUACAGGCUGCUCUGCUGGGACCUCACUCCCACCCCCAAGACUAGGGGCUUCGUGUAGUUUGGGCUCGUGGCCCCCACCCCAGAUUUCACCCUGGAGAUCUUAAAGACCCUCGAGAAGAGCCAUGUGGGGGGCUGGUUCCCUUGGGGCUUCCUCCCCUCCCCCGACUGCCUGAUUCUCUGGAGCGUCCCCGAUGUCUGCAAAGACGUGGAUUUGGACGUCCUCGUGGACGCCUUGAAGCCCGUGGGGACCUUUAAGAAGAUCGGCAAGGUGUUCCGCAGGGAGGAGGACUCCACAGUGGGGAUGCUCCAGAUUGGGGAGGACGUGGACUAUCUGCUCAUCCCCCGGGAGGUCAGGCUGGCCGGGGGCGUCUGGAGGGUCAUCUCCAAGCCCGCCACCAAGGAGGCGGAAUUCCGGGAGCGGCUGACCCAGUUUCUGGAGGAAGAAGGCCGCACCCUCGAGGACGUGGCCCGCAUCAUUGAGAAGAGCACCCCGCACCCACCCCAGCCCCCCCCAAAGCCGAAGGAGCCCCGAGGGAGGAGGAGAGUCCAGCAGAUGGUGACCCCGCCCCCCAGGCUGGUCGUGGGCACCUACGACAGCAGUAACGCCAGCGACAGCGAGUUCAGUGACUUCGAGACCUCCAGGGACAAGGGUGACCAGGGUCCCAAAAGCCCGGGAUGCCGCAGGAGGGUGCGCAGAAUGCCCGUCAGCUACCUGGGCAGCAAAUUCCUCGGGAGCGACCUGGAGAGCGAGGAGGAUGAGGAGCUGGUGGAGGCCUUCCUCCGCCGAGGGGACAAGAAGCCCAGCGCCCCGCCACCCCGCCGCCGCGUGGCCCUGCCCGUGCCCGUGUUCGACAACAGCCCGGAGCCCCAGCUGUCCAAGGCGGACAGGUGGCGGGAGUAUGUCAGCCAGGUGUCCUGGGGGAACCUGAAGCACAGGGUGAAGUGUUGGGCGCCCAGGUCCAGCCCCGGGGGGGGCGAGGCCCAGCAGGCCUCAGCCAGGGUGGAGAGGGAGGGGGCAGCGGCGCUGGGCAGCGCCCAUCACGUGGGGAGCGCGGGAGACGGGCGGGUGCCUGGGACCCCCCCAAGGCGAUGGAGGCCUAAGAUGAACUGGGCCUCGUUCCGGCGGCGCAGGAGAGAGGCAGCCGCAUCCACAGCUCAGGUGGCGGAGGCUGCAGAGGAUCAGAGGGCGGAGGCUGCAGAUAAUCAGAGGGCGGAGGCUGCAGCUAAUCAGAGGGCGGAGGCCAUAGGUGUCCAGAGAGCAGAGGCCCCAGCUGUCCAGAGGGCAGAGGUUGCAGAUAAUCAGAGGGCAGGGGCCCCAGCUGUCCAGNGGGCAGAGGUUGCAGAUAAUCAGAGGGCAGGGGCCCCAGCUGUCCAGAGGGCAGAGGUUGCAGAUAAUCAGAGGGCAGGGGCCCCAGCUCUCCAGGGAGCACAGGCUGCGUCUAAUGGGGCAGAGGCCAUAGCUGACCAGAGGGCAGAGGCAGCAUAUAAUCAGAGGGCAGAGGCCCCAGCCGUCCAGGAAGCUGAAGCCUCAGCUGCCCGGGGGGCCACGGGGGCAACCCCAGGAGCCAGGACCCGGAAACAGGUCAAGACAGUGAGGUUCCAGACCCCUGGACGCUUUUCAUGGUUUCGAAAGCACCGGAGAGCCUUCUGGCACACUCCCCGGUUGCCAGCCCUGCCCAAGCGAGUCCCCAGGGCAGGCGAGGCCAGGCACCUCAGGGUGCUGAGGGCCGAGACCAGAGCAGAAGCAGAACAGGGAGAACAAGAAGACCAGCUGUGAGGUGAGGGCGGGGGGCCGCGGGGCACCCCACCACCUGCCUCUCGCACGCUUGUCAGAGAUGCUCUCUCUGCCUCCACGCUUGAAGAUGGAGGUGGGGAGAGAGGCAGACGGCGCCCCUCACAUCUCCACCCAACACUCCCCUUUCUUUUCUUGUUCAAGUUAUAUCUUUCAUGCGUUGAUUUUGUAAGUACAGACUCCUGUAGUAAUCCAAAGAAUGUAAAGAAAGAAACCCACCCCAAUGGGGUUGCAUCGCCCACGUUUUUAACUUCCUCAAAUGCAACCCUAGGUGCUCAGCUUGGAAAAGGGACAGAGGCAGGGGAGAAAAGCUCCUUGAACUUGGCACAAGCCAACUUGCAAAUAAAAACAUUU